GGUGACGUCACUGUGGAAGAGGAUCAGCAGUGGGAAUGCGGCGAUCAUAAGAAAUAAAUAUUCCAGUUAAACUCUGGACACUGAGGGAUUAACCCCCACAUACCCACAGUGACGUCAUUCGGGUGUGUGAGGUCAGCAGUUAGGAUCAGGCAUAAGAUCAACAAGUCAUGGCUGCUUUCAGACAGGAGGAUGUGGAGAAGUUCUACGCGAUGGGCGAGGAGCUGGGCAGCGGGCAGUUUGCUAUUGUGCGUAAGUGCCGUGAGAAGAGCACGGGCGUGGAGUACGCCGCCAAGUUCAUCAAGAAGCGGCGCUUAUCGUCAAGCAGACGGGGAGUGAGCCGCGAGGAGAUCGAGCGUGAGGUGAACAUUCUGCGGGAGAUCCAGCACAGCAACAUCAUCACGCUGCACGACAUCUUCGAGAACAAGACGGAUGUCAUUCUCAUCCUGGAGCUGGUGUCCGGCGGAGAGCUCUUCGACUUCCUGGCUGAGAAAGAGUCUCUGAGCGAGGAGGAGGCCACACAGUUCCUCAAGCAGAUCCUGGACGGGGUGCACUACUUGCACUCCAAACACAUCGCCCACUUCGAUCUCAAGCCGGAGAACAUUAUGCUGCUAGAUAAAAAUGUCCCCAAUCCCAGGAUCAAGCUGAUUGACUUCGGCAUUGCGCACCAGAUAAAAGAAGGAAAUGAGUUUAAAAACAUUUUUGGAACACCAGAGUUUGUUGCUCCGGAGAUUGUGAAUUAUGAGCCGCUGGGCCUGGAGGCGGACAUGUGGAGCAUCGGCGUCAUCACGUAUAUUCUGUUGAGUGGAGCGUCUCCUUUUCUCGGCGAGACCAAACAGGAAACACUGACCAACAUCUCAGCCGUGAAUUAUGACUUUGAUGAGGAAUAUUUCAGCAACACAAGUGAACUCGCUAAAGACUUCAUACGCAGACUUCUGGUUAAAGAUCCAAAGAAGAGGAUGACGAUUCAGGAUAGUCUGGAACAUCCAUGGAUCAAGGUGAUAAAGCGGCGUAACGUGCGUCCGGAGGAUAACAGUGGGCGUCGUGGCGAGCGGCGGCGCCUGAAGACGACUCGUCUGAAAGAGUACACCAUCAAGUCCCACUCCAGCAUGCCUCCCAACAACACCUACGUCAACUUCGAGCGUUUCUCCCGUGUGCUGGAGGAGAUCACUGCUGCCGAGGACGCGCUGCAGCAGCUUGAACGCAACCGCCGCGCCUGCCACGAUGACGUCACCGCCCUGCUUUCCAUCUUUGAGGAGAAGGAGAGCUGGUACAAGGAGGAGAACGAGAGCAUCGGUGCCGAGCUGACCCGCGUCCGGUCUGAGCUGCAGCGCACUCAGAGCCAGCGCCGCCACAACCAGGAGGAGACGCGCAGCACUGCGCUGGCCGCUAACGCCCUCAAGCGCAAGUUCACGCGCCUCGAGGGGAAGUACGACAUGCUGGCUGAGCAAGUGGCCUCUGAAGUGCGCUGGGUCGAAGAGUUUGUACGCUCCAUCACCAUCGACAACGGUGAAGAGCAGAGCACCGGCCUGGCGUGAACGCGAUCGGAAGUCCGAGUCCACUAGCACUAGAUUACGCUGUGUUGCGUCCCAAAUCACACACUAGAUAGCAGCUAUGUGCGGAUUGGGAAGCAGCCCAGUGCUAAACGCUUGGUAGAAGAUCGAGUAAAUGUGCUGGUAUGAAAAUUUGACCGUUCAAGAUGAACAUCUGCGUGUGGAACAUUACAUUAUACAUGCAUAUUAGAUAAUAUUUCUAUUCUUUAUAUAUAAUUUAUCACCAGCACUCAGCCCAUCAGUAUCCGGUGUAAAGAAGUGCAGACUUUCUCUUUUUUGUCCUACAGGGUGUUCUGAGGUGUCAUGGGCAUGUGUUAGUUCUGUGGAACACUUCUAAACUUGUUUAUUCGCUCUGCUCAGCGGCAGGUUAAAAAUCUCUCCGUGGUGUAAUAAUAAUAAUAAUAACUCUGGUGUGCAGUUCUAGGUCUGCAUGAGAGUGUUAGCUUUCGUGUUCUGUAGCUGGAAGUGAGCAGACUGUGAGUGUAAAACUGUGCUUUCUGCAUGGUGGUGCUACGCUGGUGCUCAUCCGAUGAAAGUAGACUCAGACGUUUUGCGUGCAAAUGAUAAACGCACCAGAUAUAACCUCGUAGCCACAGAUUAUUUAUUUUUGUACUCGUUCCAUCUCGGUGGAUUCAGAGUUUUACGCUUUGCUUUGAAAUGAAGCGCCAUGUUGCCUAUGCAAUAGUUGAUUUACAUAUUUUAAACGUAACCUCGACCUUCUUAACAUAGUGUAUAUUCUGGUGAUUUGUUGUACGUCACUGUAUAUUAAAGUUCGGGAAAUACGGUAAAUGUAUGACUCUACAGUAUAAGAAUAUAUUUUCCUAUUCAUAGCGCUGACUUGCGUCAUUCCAGUUUUGCGUGACAUUCCAUACGACAGCUGAUAUUCUACUCUAUUCUACUGUACUGUAUUGUACUCUAUUCUACUCUGCUGUACUCUACUCUACUGUACUCUACUGUACUGUACUCGAAAACGCUGUUUAAAAGUUUAAAAAGUCAUUUUUUUUCCGAUGUGUACACUACUUUCUGUUCAGCAUUAAAAAUAAACGACGUAAAGACA